AUGAAGGAGCGAAUGAACCGGCUGAAAGCAAGACAAUGGUAUCGGCCUGUGGCUCCUAUGAUUGCAGCUGAAGACUUGGUCAAGGCCUUCGGUCGGAACGUCGCAUCCCCUUACAUGUCCAUGGCGCCCCGCGUCGUGGAGCCCAUCCGAGCCUUGUACCCGGCACUGGCGCACGUGGACGGCACGGCCCGGCACCAAUCCGUGGGAAAAGGCGAUGAGCCGUGGAUCCAUGCGCUGCUGCUGGCCGUGGGGCGGCGCAUUGGCUUGGCAGCCUUGAUCAACACCAGCUUCAAUACGAAGGGCUUGCCGAUCGUCAACAGCGUGAGGGAAAGCCUUCAGAUGCUGGACACGCUGCCAGAUCUAGACUUUGUACUUAUUGAGGAUUGGUUAUUUCAAAAGAGAAGAGCCAGCAACAAAGCUGGCAGCACUCGUGCAUGUGGAUAUGAAAAAGUGGGAGAACAGACUCCGGUGUGA